AACAUGCCUCACGACCACAUCUUUUACCUGACACAGAGUUUUCGCUUUGGCUUCGAAAUCGCUUACGUUGGCGCGACCAUUUUGGACGUCUCCCAGGGAGUCCGGAAGAAAAUGCUGGUGGGGAACAAGCAGGAAAGUGACGUCAGUGGGGUCGGCGUGGAGGGGAAGGUGGCCCACUUAUCCCGGACCAACAAAACUGUCUUUGAGGAUGCUGUGAACCUUACCUGUGGAGACACACCUGCUAAGAUACACUUGCUCGGGGGACUCGAAGCUUUUGGCCUUGGCAAGAUUCGUGAUAUCUGGGCGCUUCUUCACGAACAGAAACUCGAGAUAGAGGAUCCCUUCAUCCAAAGCUGGGAAGGCUUCGCCCUCUUCAAGAGCUAUGCGAAAGAAGCAGAAGACGAAGAACUAAAAUCAAAAAUUGCCAUUGUGGAGAACACUCCGGGUUCUAUCCCGGAGCUGUUGGACAAAAUAUCCCA